CCUAAAAAGCCGUCACGUCCUCCCCAAUCCCAUUAUAUUCUCCCCCCAUUUCAGUUUUCUCGAAAAAAACUACUUCUGGGUUUCCUUUUCUAUAAAAAAGUCCAAAGCUUUUGCUAUUCUUGAUAAAUUAAUUAAAAAAUGAGUAGUACUGGUCAAAAUCUGAAUGAUCCAGGUUUGAUGGAGGUGACCGGAAGAGUCUUGAUUGCCACCAUCAUUGCUCUCGUGGUCGUACUCAUCCUCGUUUUCUUGUUCCACAUCUACGCCAAGUGGUUAUGGCACCGCCGCCAGCAAGCCAUAGACACCACCAACAACCGCCGCAAUUUAGACCAGCACGCCGGCGUAACCGUCCUGCGCCGCGGCCUCGACGCCGCCUUCCUCAAAACCUUACCCAUCUCACAAUUCGAUUCCAAAGACGGGCUGGAAUGUUCGGUUUGUUUGUCGGAGGUCGAACAAGGAGAAAACACUCGAGUUUUGCCUAAAUGCAACCAUGUGUUUCAUGCAGAAUGCAUUGACAUGUGGUUUCAUUCACAUUCAACCUGUCCCAUUUGUCGAAACCCUGUUUCGGAACAAACCACCGAGGUUUCAGUGGAGAGUUUACUCGAGACGCAACAACGGUCAGGGGAUUUCCCGACAAAUGUUUUGUUUUGGGGUGAUGAAACCGAAGUAAGCACCUUGACUUCCCAGCUGGAAGAAGCCAAUACUAACAAUCAUCAAGGUCCUGUUCUACCAUUUGAACCAACAGCUUCUUCAUCGUCGUCAUCAUCAUCAGAGACUAAUAAUUAUAAGGAUAGAUUGAAGUCAGAUUUAGUGAUUGAUAUACCAAGGCAGGGUAGUGGGGAAGAAGAAGAAGAUGAGAGAACUCCAAUUAUGAGAUCAUUAAGGAGAAUCUUGAGUAACAGUAGAAGGUUUAAUCCUUUUAGCCCUGGCUCUGCCUCUGCCUCUGAACAACCCCAAAGUUGAAUUAAGUAAGGAUCAAUCAAAAUUUGUUUAUUUGUUGAUUAUGUGUGUAUACGGCAUGUGAACUUACCUAGAAACGUGUUCACAACACAAAACCUUAAUUUUUGACUUUUUUUUUUUCUUAUUUUGUUUUUGUUUGAUAGAAUGGGUAGAGUUGUAAGUAGUUUGGGUUCCGCCCUCUUCUCCUGCAGAAGAGUGGUGGUAGUUAAGUUGAGUGUUGAUAGGUUUUGCAUUGCAUUGCAUUGGCAACUACAUAAAAAGAAAGGAGGUACAAGUUUGUGUUAAAGCUUUGAAAAAUGUUUGGAAACUCCAAACAAGAUUGUAUUCAGCAAGUCACAAUAUGAUUGUGCUGUUAGAGAAAAAGGGUUUAUUCAUUUUGCUUUGAGCAUAUUUGUUGA